CCCGCUGUCUUGCCAGAUGACUCGGUGCCCGCUGUCGAGCUUGAUGACUCAGAGCCCGCUGUCUUGCCAGAUGACUCGGUGCCCGCUGCCCUGCCAGAUGACUCGGUGCCCGCUGUCGAGCUUGGUGACUCGGUGCCCGCUGUCUUGCCAGAUGACUCGGUGCCCGCUGUCGAGCUUGUUGACUCGGUGCCUGCUGUCGAGCUUGGUGACUCGGAGCCCGCUGUCGUGCCAGUUGACUCGGUACCCGCUGUCUUGCCAGAUGACUUGGUGCCCGCUGUUGAGCUUGGUGACUCGGUGCCCGCUGUCGAGCUUGAUGACUCGGUGCCCGCUGUUCUGCCAGUUGCCUCGGUGCCCGCUGCCUCGCCUGAAGCCCGGUGCCUGCUGCCUCGCCUGAAGGCCCGGUGCCGCUGCCUCACCUGGUGGCCCAGUACCUGCUGCUCAGCCUGAUGUGCCUCUGUCCGGUGCCCAGCCUGAAGUGCCUCUGUCCGGUGCCCAGCCUGAAGUGCCUCUGUCUGGUGUCCAGCCUGAAGUGCCUCUGUCCGGUGCCCAGCCUGAAGUGCCUCUGUCCGGUGCCCAGCCUGAAGUGCCUCUGUCCGGUGUCCAGCCUGAAGUGCCUCUGUCCGGUGCCCAGCCUGAAGUGCCUCUGUCCGGUGCCCAGCCUGAUG